ACUUCGAUCAGAAAUACAAGAAAGAAGUUAUGAGGAAAUAAUGGAUGCCUAUAGAAAUAAGCUUACAAAUCUUAAUAUUUCUCUUUGCAGAGAAUGUCUCCUUCUGAUAAAACUAGAAGAGAGAGAUUAUUGUAAUAGUUGUCAGCCAGAAUAG